AUGAACGAAUCGGAAAUCGAGGCUGCGGUGGCAGCCAUGGAGCUGGAGGACCAACUGCUCCAACCCGAAUGGUCUUAUCUGGUUCUUUCCGUCGUUCCUCUUGUCUGCAUCUUGGGUAAUCUUAUGGUAGUGGCUGCUGUUUGGACAACCAGAAGUUUACAGACCCCGACAAAUCAUCUUUUGGUCUCGCUGGCAAUGGCUGAUUUGAUAGUUGGUGCGUUUGUGAUGCCUUUCAGUAUAUACCUAUCGGUGAACGGUCUUCACUGGCACUUGCCUCUGUUUGUCUGUUAUUUCUAUUGCGUUUUGGAUGUUGCUGCAAGCACUUCGUCAAUUAUUCAUCUCGUGUUGAUUAGUAUUGACAGAUUGGUGGCGGCUACUAAACCUGCAGAAUAUAAGACAAUAAAACACAGGAAAAGAGUGUAUUUGGCAAUUGCUAUCACAUGGUUAUUCAGCAUUGCACUUUCUUUGCCUCUGGGAACUGGGUUCAAUACUCGAACCAGUCACUUCCUUGUGAUAGAACAUCAUUGUGGAAUUUAUAAUCCUAUUUAUAUGCUUGGUAGCAGCAUUUUCGCAUUUUAUCUACCAUGUCUCAUUAUGAUAUUCACCUACGGUUACAUCUUUUGGACUCUUAGGAAACGUCUUCGAGCUAUCCAGUUACAGGAAAUGGCCGGAGGUCAAUUCCUCGGGUUUGGAGCAGAUGUUGGUAACAUCACCACGUCAGCAAUUCAAUCGGUCAUUGGUAUUGCUCCUAAGAAUAGAAACAUGAUCACUUGGGAGAAGCCACUGCUCAAGAAAAUCGAAGAAACUGCUGCAGAGCACGCCAGCUCAUUGAAUGACAGUGAACGUGAGCAGCUUCAAACAAUCCUCGAAGCAGUUCAUCCUUCCUCUUCAGGAAGUCAAGAGAACACAACAAUUGAGGAAGACCCCGACCGACCUCCUUCUGUCCUGCUUGAGGCGGUCACUUUAAAAUGCGAGAUCGACACCAGCGGGCCCAUCCUUGAACUACCACGUCCAACAUACACAAAAAACAUGUCGCGCCGAUUCUCUGAUGCGGUCAAUUCAAUUUCGAGUCGCGGUAGAAUGAAGUCGGUGUCUUUUGGAACUGCAUCAAGAAAACGACGGCAUUCACAUCAGCCACAGGGAAAUCGGGAAGUCGUCACGUCCGAAGAGUCCAAAAAGUUGCACUCUCUGAAGCCACCGUUGGUUGAGAAAAGGAAGAUGAGAAGAUUGUCCGAGAUGAUUUCGGAUUGGGAGCGACCAUCUAGAAGUUCUAUCAGCAAUAUGUAUCUAUAUGCGAGAAGAGAAAGUGUCUACAUUGCCAGGAAAAAAUUGGCAGGCUUGAAAGAUUGGGCAUUGGACUUACUAGCAAAACUAAAGUCCAAACAAGGAAUGGCUAUUCGACGGGAGACACGAGCAACAAAACUAGUGGCAACUGUCAUGGGUAUUAACAAUAAAUUGGGAAAGCACGCGAAUAAUUUAUUUUCAGUUGUUUUUCUUGUCUGCUGGCUUCCUUUCUUCACUCUCAACAUGAUCAAGAUUUAUAAGUUGAUAUUCAACGUGUGGUCUGCUGAUUUGGAAAUUUGGUUCCAUUGGUUUACAGCUCUUGGAUAUUUGAACUCUUCGCUAAAUUUCUUCAUUUACUCAACUAUCAAUCCGAAAUUCCGUCAUUCAUUUCGUCGUUUGCUGGGAUUCCGCCGAUCCUCACGACGUCAACGUGAGAAGUCGUGGAUGCUACCGCCCCGUGACAGUAGCAGAGGUCCGGCGAAAUGUGGCUGCGGGUUCCAUAAAAUUGUGAAAAGCCCUCUGCGCAAAACGAGCUCAGCUGGACCAAUGAACAACCGCAAAAUCUCCAUGCAAAAGCCAGAAAUCGUCAUUGAUGAGAUUUCUCCAAACAGAAUAUCCAUAUCGGCAGGAGGAAACACUACUUUCAGGCGAUCCUCCGAUGAUUGCAUUCGUAGAUCUUCUUCUGAAAUUAUUGGUGGCAUUACUCUUCCAUCACAAAGUAGCAAUGAUAAGCGAAGAGGAUCUGGCAUGUCUAAUAGUUCAGCAUCUCUUCAUAUCCAUGAAACUCGAAUGACGUUUGAAGCUAUGGUCAACGAUCAAGCAGAUUGCGAAAUUUUCGUUUGA